AAAUUGGGACAGAGGAUCCGAACUGGGUAUAGUGUGUGUGUGAGACAGAGAGCGCAGAGAUGAGCGAGAAAGUUGGAGAAGUGGUGUGUCUGACCGGCGGCAGUGGUUACAUUGGCGCAUGGCUCGUUCAGCUCCUCCUCGGCCGCGGCUACACCGUCCACGCCACCGUCAAAAAUCUCCAGGAUGAGAGAGAAACAAAGCACUUGCAAGCACUGGAAGGAGCGGAAUCGCGCCUCCGCCUCUUCCAAAUCGAUUUGCUCGAUUACGACUCCAUCGUCGCCGCCGCGACCGGUGCCGCCGGAGUGUUCCACUUGGCCUCCCCCUGCAUCGUCGAUCGCGUGGAAGAUCCGCAGCGCGAGCUGCUGGAUCCGGCGAUUAAAGGCACCAUCAACGUACUUACGGCGGCGAAGAAGCUGGGCGUUCGGCGCGUGGUCGUCACGUCCUCUGUAUCGGCGAUUAUUCCCAGCCCUAAUUGGCCGGCUGAUAAGAUUAAGAAUGAAGAUUGCUGGGCUGAUGAGGAAUACUGCAAGCAGAAAGAGGUUUGGUAUCCACUCUCUAAAACCAUGGCUGAAAAGGCUGCUUGGAAAUUUGCUGAGGAAAAUGGUCUGGAUAUUGUUGUGGUGAAUCCUGGAACGGUGAUGGGUCCUAUUAUCCCCCCAGCAAUAAAUGCAAGCAUGCUGAUGUUGCUUCGCCUUCUGCAGGGCUGCACUGAACAGUAUGAAGAUUUCUUCAUGGGAUCUGUGCACGUCAAAGAUGUGGCUCUUGCACACAUUCUGGUGUAUGAGAACCCAUCUGCAAGGGGAAGGCACGUAUGUGUUGAAGCUAUAUCGCAUUAUGGUGAUUUUGCUGCUAAGGUGGCAGAACUCUACCCUGAAUACAAUAUCCCCAAGCUGCCCAGGGACACUCAACCUGGAAUACUAAGAUCCAGGGAUGGGGCCAAGAAGCUGAUGGACUUGGGUUUCAAAUUUAUUCCCAUGGACCAAAUUAUAAAGGAUGGUGUUGAAAGUUUGAGAAGCAAAGGAUAUAUUUCUUGAAAAAGUGUUGCAGCAUGUCUAUGCUUGUUGAAUACUUUCCUGUAACAAUAGCUGCAGCCUGUUUUAUGCAAGAUUGAUACAGCAGUUUUUGUUGAAUCAUUCAAUCGAGCCACAAUAAAUAUGUACAAUUUUGCGUUUCUUUCGGUCACCUUCUACUUUAUUUAUUUUGUGUGUUUUCUUGUACAAAAAUUGAAAGUCUGAGCUGUACUAGCCAGAAUAAAACAAUAUUUUUAUCUUA